UUCCGGACCGAACCCGUGUGCAGCAUGGAUUACUUGGCGGGUCAGAGUCUGUUGACAGCGGAUGGUCGGCUUUUAGCCGCCCGUUCCCGACUGGCGCCGCAUCCGGUGUGGGCCUUGUACUUCUCGGCCCAUUGGUGUCCGCCUUGUCGGGUCUUCACGCCCAUGCUCCAGCGGGCCUAUCAGAACUACUUGCGGGAGUGGUCGGGCCCGGGAGUGGCCCCGGUUGAGGUGGUGUUCGUGUCGUCGGAUCGGUCUCAAGCUCAGCAAUUGGAGUACAUGCGGGAAGCCCAUGGGGAUUGGCCGGCCGUACCCGCCGGAUCCGGAUUGGCACAGUCAUUAGGCUCAAUAUUUGGCGUGCGUGGGAUUCCGGCCCUAGUGGUGAUUAAUGCCUCGGAUGGUUCCGUGAUCACUCAAGAUGGUCGACAAGAUGUUUCCAGUUUGGGUCCCCAAGCCUUUCGCCAAUGGGCGGCCAUGGCCACUCCUGAGAUCGAUACCUCCAUCGUAAACAUGUUGAAUGAGAACUCGGACCCAGUCAAACGAGACGCCGGAGAGAUCCUCUUGAAACUCAUCGGGAACGUUCUCCGUGAACCCAACAACAUCAAGUUCAGGUCCAUCAAGUUGUCCAAUCCCAAAAUCGAGUCCAAACUUUUGACGGCAGCCGGUGCUUUUGAAAUACUUUUCUCUUUGGGUUUUGAAGAGGGAGAUGAUUCGCUAAUCCUGCCCUUGGGGGCGUCUUCUCACGUACUUCAAACCUUUCAAACUGCAAUUCAGAGAGUAUUGGGAGGCUCCCAGAACGGAUCACCUGCCACACCCGUGUCAGCGCCAACGACCACCCCAUCGUCAUCCUCAAGUUCUGUGGCGCCCAAUCCAGAAAAGUCGUUUCAGCAUUUAAAAAAGGAGCUCGAAUUCUUCCAAAAGUUGGAAGCAGAAAAGAGCCACGUGCUCAAGUACGAGGAUCCCAAUGCCCAAGAUCUGGCUCGACAAGUUAUUCCUGUGGGAAAAUUGGAAGACCUCGCUCGUGCCAAAUUUGAUCAAGUGAAGGCCCAAGAUCCUAAUGUCCAGGAUCCACUUUUGAAUGACUUGGUCUUGUUGGAGUUGAUGAAUUGGUUCAAAACCGACUUCUUUACUUGGAUGGAUGCUCCAAAAUGUGAUUCAUGUGGGGGGAAAACUGACCAUGCCGGAUAUCGUGUUCCUACCCAAGUAGAACAAAUCGAUGGGGCAGGCAGAGUUGAAGGAUACAAUUGUUCCAUUUGCCAAAAGGAGAUUCGUUUUCCUCGAUAUCAUGGGAAACCCGAGAAGCUUCUCACCACCCGACAAGGUCGUUGUGGGGAAUGGGCCAAUUGCUUCGCCUUGAUGUGCCGUGCCCUCGGGUUCGAUACCCGCCACGUCUUGGAUUGGACUGAUCACGUUUGGGUAGAGGUCUUCUCUCAGGCAGAGAACCGAUGGCUUCACGUGGAUCCUUGUGAAAAUGUUUGUGAUCAGCCCCUGAUUUACGAAAUUGGAUGGGGCAAGAAACUCUCUUACGUGAUAGCCGCUUCCAAAGACGAAAUCCAGGACGUCAGUUACCGAUAUUCUUGCGAUCAUGAGGCGCUCAAAUCGCGUCGAAUGGAAGUUCGAGAAAAUUGGCUCACUCAGACGCUCUUGAAAUUGACCAAGGAUUGCCAGAAAGACUUGGACCCAGAGAGAGUGAAGCUUCUCACGGAGAGAAGGUUGAUAGAGUUAGUUCAGUUGAUGAGUCCCAUUGACAAAUCGAAGAUCGAUCCUAGUAAGCUGUCCGGACGUCAAUCGGGUUCGGCCGCUUGGCGAUUGGCUCGGGGAGAAAUGGGUUUGGGAUUGGAGAGCUUCACACCAAACGUUUGGAAGCUGACUGAUCAUGAAGUGGAGAGCAAGACCUUCCAUUUGAAAUACAAUGUAGUCCAUGAUCAAUACCGGCGAGUCUCCAAUAACGACGAAGUCAUUUCUGGAUGGGACAAGGGCGUUCUCGAGGCCGAAAAUGUAUUGCGCAAACUGGAAGCGGAUUGGAAGCAAUGCUAUUUGGCACGAAGAGAGGGUGCCCCAAAGUCCUCAAUCAAAUGGGAAUUGGACUUGGAGAAUACGAGGCUGUCUGUCCAAUCCGUGGAACUCCAUAUUGAGAGCAGUAUAUUUGGAAAUGGUAGAGUUCUCUGGCAAUUAUGUGGCGGAAACACGUGUCUGUUACCGUCCUCGGGUACCACGCUGAAAAGCGAAGCCUUAAGUGGUUCCAAGAAAGUUUCAAUCACCGCUCAUUUGUCUGGCGGAGAAGGCGAGAAUGCGUGGCAGUCCACCCAAUUGUUCCGAACUCCGUCUGAGGGCGAGGCCAAAGAAGAGUGCAAGUUCCGAUUCUUGGUCAAACUCAAGGAUGAUUAAGAAGGCCUGCUUUUAGGAAUGAUCUAAAGGGAUUUUAUGAAUUUUGUUAUUUUUUAUACGUUUAUUUAGCGAUCACAAUAGAGAACGAGAUCAAGCAUA